AUGUGGCACCCGAGAGCUUUGCCGCAUGCAGGGCUCCCGGUCGCAGAUGACUCGAAGGCACACCUGUCAGCUGCUGUCAGUUCAGGAGUGGGAAUGCAUGGCGAGCUGGGAGUGGUCAUCAGGAUGGCCGGAGCCGCGUGGUCUGCUCUGUGCCAUGGGCCCGCAGUGCUCGCAUCGCAUCGUCCCGACUGCGCCCCCGCCGAGGUGCAGUGGCAGAGAGGCUGCGUGCUCUCCACCCGGCGGCCGCGCUGGAACCCGAGGCAGAAGACGCUGACCUUGGACUUCCAGGGCCGCUGCAGCUUGGCCUCCGCCAAGAACUUCCAGCUCGAGGCUGAGGGCGAUGCGGGCCGGGUGGUGCUGCUCUUCGGCAAGGUCGAAAAGGAUCGCUUUGUCCUGGACCAUUCGCAUCCCCUGGGCACCGUCCAGGCGUUUGCUGCCGCGCUCUCGGCGUCUCAUUGGAAGCUCCACAGUCCGGUUAGAGAGAAAGAGAGAGAAAUUGCGGCCGGGCAGUGUGCGGUGCUCCGAGGGCCCGGAGGGCGGCGGUUUGCUUUCGGCGCCAUGCCGGCCGAUCUGGACCAGACGCUCGAGGAGAUGAUCGAGACCACUUGGGAGCCGAAGGGCAAAGGCAAAAAGGGCAAAGGCAAGGAUUUCAGCAGAGAAAAUGGCUACGGCUACGACGGAAAAGGCUGGGGAAAGGCCAAGGGCAAUGGACAAGCGAAAGGCCGUGGUUUCGGGCAGGCUUCCGGGCAAAAGCUGGACAUGAGCUUGGACGAGCUGGUGGACGACGGCACGAGCGCAGGCAAGAGCAAGGGCAAGGGCCCCAAGGGCGCCAAGGGCUCCUGGAAUACCUGGGACUCGAACGGACAUGGCUAUUCAGGCUAUUCAAGUAACUACAGUAAUUACGAUGCAAGUUGGGGCAAGAGCUAUGGCAAGAGCUGGGGAAAGUCCAGACCCAAGGGCGAGUUCUUCGACAAGGGGAAGAGUUGGGGCAAAGGCAAGGAUGGAGCUUCGACAUUGGCUUCCCCAUAUUGGAUGGAACAUGACGACUGGCGCAUGGAUGAGGAGGAAGGCAAAGGAGGAAAAGGCAAAGGCGGUAAGGGAAAGGACACGUACGAUGCCUACGACUAUGACGGCUACAACGCCAGGUACGAAGACAAGGGCUGGGGCAAAGGGAAGGGAGAGGGCGUUUGGGCCCGCAGCCUCCGUGACACGGACAUGCGGGAAGAUCGAGGCUACGGCAGCUACGCAGUGGGAAGGCCUGGGAUGUGGAGCCGCAUCGAUGAGGAGCGCUCCGAUCGACGCGGUGACCGGAACGAACGCGAUGCCGAUCGCCUACGGCGCGGGGGCGAAUCACGGCCGCGGCCAUCCGGGCUGCGCUUGGAACGAAACCGCCUCCAAGAGCGGGCCUCAGAGCGGGAACGGGAUCUGCGGGAAGCUCCUCGAAAGAGGCCCCGAGAGGAGGACCGAGACGGGCCCCCCCCCGCAUCCGCAGCCCGGACGCGAGCACGGGUGACGGCCCCUUCAGCUCCCAAGAGGAUUAAGGUCACCAACAUCCCCAAGGAACUCAAAGCAGCCGAUGUCAGAGAAGCCUUCGAGGCAGAGACCGGCAAGAUCACGCUUUGCGAGCUUUCAAGAGGUACAUGCCGCAUCACCUUUGCUCGAGCAAAGGAUGCCCAGCAGGCUGUGGAAACCUUCGACCGUGGUGAGCUCAACGGCAAGGUCAUCUCAGUCAUUUUGGAGGAAGCUCUGGUUCCCGGACCCGCCCGGACCCGCGGGCGCCAUGGAGGGCCAGGCAAAGCCCCGUUCACGGAAAGACUGGGCCGUGGCCGCCUCAUGGGCUUGCUGUUGCUCUCUAAGCGUAAGGAACGAGCACAUGAAGGGCAGAAGAGGCAGAAGCAAUUCAACUAUGCGCGACAGUUGAAGCUCAAAAGGCACAUCCAGGCACCUGCCGAGCCGAGGUGCCACGAAACUGAUGCUGUGCGAUGCUUCCGCAGCAGCUCUCAGAGCUCAGAGCACGUGCCGCGACGUAGGAAGCAGUCACAGUCUUUGGGCAGCGUUUUCGCGAGCCACGCUGUGGCAUCCGUGCGAUCGCUCGCGUCUGCGCGAGACGACGUGCAGAGGCCUCUGGCAGCCAGCCCGGCCAAACCUGGUGCAAAGGCAGGCGGAUCCGAACCAGCCAAGCACUCAGUGGACGAUGCUCCGGGAUAUCUCGAAGAAGCAGAUGCCAAGGAGAAAGGGGAGAAGCCGCCCUUCAUCGCGAUCAACUUGCUGAACAAGAUCACCCGCAUGAACAAGGAAGGCAAAAAGGAGACCGUCCGGGCUUUCAGCCGGCAGUCGACCAUCAUCCCUGCCAUGAUCGGCCACACUUGUGCGGUGCACAAUGGCCGGGAGUUUGUGCCCAUUGUCAUCAACGAAGGCAUGGUGGGCUUCAAGCUGGGGGACUUCGUGCCGACCCACACCUUCACCUCCCAUCCCAAGCAGGUUAUGGCAGCAAGUGUGGCCAAGGACGAGUGGCAGCGUGAUGGCUCGCAGCCCGCUGCCUGCAAAAAAGUUGCGGAGAAAGGCCGAGCUGAGCUGAUGUUGCUUGCACUGGACAGCAAGUACAAGGAGCUUCAGAAGGACGCGCUGCACAAGCACCUCCAACGGGACUUCUACGGCACGACGAUCAAGGACAUCUUUCCGCAAGGUGUUGCCAAGAGCGGAUCCUCGAACAAGGUGAAGGAAGUGUAUGCGGCUGUCCCAGAGGACGGUCAAACCACCGAGAUGACCGAUGACGAGGAGGACGUCUACGAGGACGCGUUGGAUGUGUUCGAGGCUUACAAGGAGGUCAGGAUGCAACGCAGGGCGCGGCCACGCAACAAGGCUGAAGUGCAGGAACUCGUGGAUUGCGAAAGCGCUGGAACACCGGACGACCGGAACGGGGACCCUUUGAGGAGCGUUACGGUGUCUUUCAAGGAAAAGAGGAUGGCGAUAGAGAUGCUGCUGCUAAAGGAAGACGUGGCAAAGUGCAACGCAGCUCUGACGAGCGGGUCGCAACAGGGCCAGGUCCCCGACUUCCCGUGUGAGGCCUACAGAGACCCACAUCCGAAAAGGAUCAUCCAGGGACGUGUUCCUGCAAAUUGCAUCAGCGAUGCCGAUUGGUCUGCAAUGGCAUCUGGCGAAGCAUUCAUCACCUCAGCGCCGGAGACGGCUGCUCCAGGCUCGAGCUUCAUCUCCCAUAGUGCCAUAGAUGACACCGAGAGCAUUGCAUCAGGCAGCACGACCAUGCCCAAUCUGAAUCUCCUGGCUGGAGCCUGGGCCGAAUUCAAUAUGCAUGGCGUGUCAGACAGAGAGGUGCGAGCCCGUCAGACAACCGAUUUCUUUGAACAGCUGCGGACUGCAGGAUACCUCAUCGACUUCACUCUGGCGAGGCGGGCAGAAUGGAACAGAGUAGAUACUUACCAAUGCGUUACCACUGAGGCUUAUGUACGCCCAGAACAUGUCAUCAACAUGAUCCCGUCGUACCAGAACUUGCAUGCGUUCGCGAGCUUCGAUACAUCUCACAUGCAGUGUGGUACUUAUCCGGAUGGAAUCGCAAGAUCUACCAAAGGGCACAGGUCGUCGAGAGCGGCAGUAUUGAUGGCUUGUCCUUCUUCAUUUCGUGGCCUGUAG